AUGUGUACAUGUAUAACGAAGUCUGUAGGACUUUACACGUUGUUAACUGCUCUCACUGUGGUAUCCGGAUUUAUUAACGACCCACUUGAUUCCACGACAUUACGAACUACCACCACCACCACGACUACACCAAGACCCACAACCAGAAGUCCUCUAGGACCCUCCAACCCAGGAGAAAUUCCAGCGGAGGUCCAAGCCCAACUAAAGCAAAUGCAGGACUCUUUGGAGGAACUAUCGAAACAAAACUCCGCCCUCAAGUUACAAGUGACAUCACUGGAAAAUGACGUGUCAACAUUGAUCCAGCUACAAGAAAGGGUACGCCACUUAGAGGAGGCCAACCUCCAAACAAAACAACAAUUGACAGCCAUACAAAGCAGUGGAAGUCUCCAAACUAGAGUGGAGGCUCUAGAAAGCUCACAACCACAAAUAAAAUCCGACAUAUCUAAUCUAAAGCUUCAGCUUGGAACUUCUUCCAGGGCCUUUAACUCAGCAAUGCAAGGGAUCCAAACGAAACUGAACGGUGUGAAACAGACCGUGGAUCAGCUGGUAGCAGGAAGCGUGACUACCGCGAGUCCUGGAGGUCACGUGAUCACUCCUUCAUCUGGAACCGUGACGACCUCAUCAUUAGCACCAGCUCAUACUACACCACUAACAACGAUAUUGCAUGAUUGUCUGGAUAUUUACUCGGAAGUGCAGUCCCCCGGGGUCUACACCAUCCAGCCCCCACAAUCCCCACACCCAUUCCCUGUCUACUGUGAUCAGGGCUGGACUGUAAUACAGAGGAGAAUCGAGGGGCGGAUCCCUUUUUCAAGUCCAUACAGAAAAUGGGCGGAUUUCCUUAAUGGGUUCGGAAAUGUUUCUGGUGAUUAUUGGUUAGGGAAUGAAAAAGUAUUCAACAUUCUUGCACAGAAUUCGUAUAAGCUGAGAGUGGAGGGGGUAGGUUAUAGCGGUAAGUUGUACUGGGCCGAGUACGAAGAGUUCAACAUAGAGAAUGAGAGAAACGACUAUAGGAUCCAUGUUUCAGAAUAUACGGGUAAUUAUGAUGACACCAUGGAAACAGCCAAUGGAAAUAAGUUUGUCACACAAGACCAUCCUGGCGAUGUGAGUUUUUUUCGGGACUGCUCUGGAUAUAUCGCUGGUGGUUGGUGGGCGAACACCACCACAUCUGUUCAGAACUGUGGAUACGACUUAAAUGCUAUGCAUACUGACACUAGUGGCUUUUGCAUGAGUUUUGCUGGAAUCUGUGUCAAUACUUCUAUCAUGAAGAUCAGUCCAACUUCUUCAGUAACUAUUAUAGGCCGUUGA